AUGGGGAGUCACUGUGCCCAGAGAAGAGAGGCCCUGCCUGGGUACAUGCAGCGAGUGGGAGGUCUAUGGGCCCCAAGAGAUCUCAGCGAAAACCAGAUCCAGGCGGUUCCAAGGAAAGCGUUCCGAGGGAUGACCAACGUCAAGAACCUGCAGCUGGACAGCAACCACAUCAGCUGCAUUGAAGAUGGAGCGUUUCGGGCACUGCGCGAUCUGGAGAUCCUCACCCUCAACAAUAACAACAUCACCCUCAUCCCGCUGUCCAGCUUCAACCACAUGCCAAAGCUGCGGACACUUCGUCUCCACUCGAACAGCCUCCACUGUGACUGUCACCUCUCCUGGCUCUCUGAUUGGCUCAGAGCAAGACGGGGCUUGGCUCCCUUCACCCAAUGCAUGGCGCCUGCCAACAUGAGAGGCCUCAACGUACCCGACGUACUAAAGAAGGACUUUGUCUGCAACGGUCCUGCCCAAUCAGAGCCCAGGACCUGUGUGCCCCAGCUGGCUGUGUGUCCGGCCAGCUGCAGCUGUAACAACAACAUUGUGGACUGCAGACGUAAGGGUCUCACCGACAUACCUGCCAACCUGCCCGAGGCCACCGUUGAAAUGUAA